UUACAUUUUCUUUUUUUUUUUUGCAGUUGGAUCCAGCACAUAUCUCUUCGUUGAUAAUCUUUUUGUCAUUGAUGGGUCUACAGGACGCAAGAAAAAGACAAAAAGAGUAUUUCCCGAUGCCCCAAACUCUGUAGAUGCAGCCGUAUUCUCCCAAGAUCUUCACAAAGCAUUGCUAUUCAAGAACAACCAGGUAUGGUCAUAUUCUCUAAGCGGUGGUAAGUUCUACUCAAACUACGGCUACCCCAAAACUCAUCGUGAUGCUGUGUUCAGUAAACCAGACGCUGCCAUGAUCAUGAGAGAUUUUGAACAAAUAGAGCGAGUGUUCGUAUUCAAAAAUGACAGUAUGAGAGAAUGGGUGACAUAUUAUGAACUAUUGACUCCCGAAUCAACUUUGAAGCAUCACGACCUCUUCAUUGGAGUACCAAAACAUGUUGAUGUCAUUCUGUCAGACGGCAAACAAAUCGUUUUCCUUUCAGGUGAAAAAUAUUUCGUCAUGAACUCUGACGACCAAAUUGUCACAGAAUCGGAAAAGGAUAUGGAAAGCUUGCUGGGACCCUGUAAAAAGAUAUCAAAAUAGCUAGUCACGCGUGUUUUCUCUUUCACUUUACCAUGUUCAAGGGACAUAAUUCGUAGAUAAAAAGAGAAUUAAACUUUUUUGUCAAUUUCAACAAAUAUUUGAUGUUAAUUAAUAAUUAAAUCAUUUCAUUGGA